AUGCCUCUCCCGCCGUUAGUCCGAUACGCCCGUCUCGAAGAUGUUUCUCUCAUUUUGCAAUUUAUUCUGGCUGCAGCAGAAGAACAAGCUCCUGGGACGAAGAUAGCAGCAACCGGGGAGAGUCUCGCCAAGACGCUGCACUUCGGGCCACCCUCGGAUUCGGUGAAGAGCACCAACCGAUUUGCGUGGGCAUUACUCAUCUUUUCCCCAGACGGGAAACCUGCUGGACUGUUGAUUUACUUCCACAACUACUCGACCUGGAUGGCAGCUCCAGGUGUCUGUUUGGAGGAGUUAUACGUUGUACCUGACUAUCGGCGUCUUGGGUAUGCGCGAAUCCUCAUUGAAACGAUGGCAUCUGCAGCGGAAGCAGCAGGCUGUGUCAAAAUGGACUGGGUCUGCCUGUUGAACAAUAAGAGGGCACUGAGCUUCUAUGAAAAAUUAGAGGCGAAACGAAUGGAGGAUUGGGUUGUCUUAAAAGUUGAUAAAACCUGCAUAGAAAAGUUGGCCGCCAGCGGGAAGCAGUCUGGUGUGUGCCCCGAACUUGAUGGCACAAGUGUCUGA